ACCAAACAAAACAAUUCAUCUGUGGUUCCCACAAGAUUUCUUAUGGGUGCUUUUUCUUUGUUUGCUUUUUUUUGUAAGUUUAUGGAUAUGUAGUGUGUAGAGAUACAGGGAUGUUUUGCUUUAAGCAUGGAUUACAAGCACCCAUAAUUAAAAUACUUUAAAAGUUUAGAAAAACUUCUCUAACCAGUUACUACAUAAAGACGUGUGAGUGUGCAGUUUGUGCUAUACAGUAAAACAUCCAAUAUCAUCAAGUUAUGUUUACCGCAGACCUUAUUUUACUCAUGAAUCACAAAGCCCAUUAUAAAAACCUUUAGUUACAUCUCAUGGGAACCAGCAGCAAAUUCGUUUUCCCAGGAUUUGACAUCACAGCUGCAGCACUCUAUAUAUAGCACCACUACAAUCCUGCAAUCCACAUAAGUCUGAAGUCACACAUUACUGUACCUUUUCUGCAACAAACAAUGAUGAUAUGAACAAACAGUGCUCAUAAAUGACUGCUAAUGAAGCCUGCGGGAGCGUGAUUCUCUACGCUGGUUCCAGUGGCAGUUCCAGUCCAAGUCCAGGAAGCCCUUCAAGUGGUUAUCAAACCCAGUCUCCAUCCUCUCACUCCCAGCCUUCUUCCCCAGAGGAGGUGACCUUCACCGAGAUCGGGGCCUUCAAGCAGCAGGGAAAUGCUGGAUCACCAAAUUCUCCAAAACUGGUCUUUCAGUUCCCUGAAAUCUACAACAACUCCACAGCAGGUCCAAACCCGCACAGCUACUCCCACCCUAUCGCCGGUAAAAGGCCUUGUGGAUUCACUGGCACAUUUACCAAGACGGGAGGCAUGGUGCUCCUUUGUAAAGUAUGUGGAGAUAUUGCAUCAGGGUUCCACUAUGGUGUCCAUGCAUGUGAAGGCUGCAAGGGCUUUUUCCGCCGCAGCAUUCAGCAGAACAUCAACUACAAGAUGUGCGUGAAGAACGAGAACUGCCUGAUAAUGCGCAUGAACCGCAACCGCUGCCAACACUGCCGCUUCAAAAAAUGCCUGUCCGUUGGCAUGUCCCGUGACGCUGUGCGUUUCGGCCGCAUCCCUAAACGUGAGAAGCAGCGUCUUCUGGAUGAGAUGCAGAGCUACAUGAACAGCCUCAACGAAUCCUCCAUGGGCAUGGAAACCUCCCCACAACAUGAACCACCACCCAGCCCGAUUGAGAACCAAUCCAAAGAGGCCAUCGGUGCCUUAUCCCGAGCCUACCAGGACAUCUUCACCAACACACAGGACCACUUGAACAAGCGUGCAGGGAACAACAACAUCAGCAGAUCGAGCAGCUAUCAAAACAGCCCUUCUCAGGACAGCAACUAUCCUCAUGCCAACCCUCUUGCUGGGUAUCACACGACCACUCACGAAAGCUUCUCAGGCCCGGUUCGCUGUCCAGUUUCCACCAGUGAGAGCAAAUGCCCGGUGUCGUUAGUGGACAACAAUCGGUACAGCUAUGCUCCUUCAUUCAGCCAAAAUCACUCCCAGUCCAGUGUUAACCAGCCCUCACAACCCACUCAGGCCCAUUACAGCAGCUACACAGCCAGCCAAUCCCAAAGCCCAGCCUCGUGUCCGUUCAAGCUGGCUGCUGGCUCCAAAGUGCUGGCCUGUCCACUGAACGCCUGCCCUGUGUCAGCUCCUGGUGUUUCCAGUCAGCAGGUGUGGGAGUCUUUCUCACAGUGCUUCACACCGGCUGUACGUGAAGUGGUGGAGUUUGCGAAGGGCAUUCCAGGCUUCCAAGAGCUCUGCCAACACGAUCAAGUCAUGUUGCUCAAAGCGGGCACUUUCCAGGUGCUUAUGGUGAGGUUUUGCUCACUGUUCAACCACAAGGAAAGAUCUGUGACUUUCCUCAAUGGGCAGACGUACCCGCUGGGCACCCUCAGGGGUCUGGGCAUGGGCUCACUGCUGGACGCCAUGUUUGAGUUCAGUUCCAAGCUGAGCUCUCUGGGCCUGGAGUCAGAUGAGAUGGCUCUCUUUAUGGCUGUGGUGCUGGUUUCUGCAGAUUGCUCUGGCAUUUCGGAUAUGUUGGCGGUUGAACAGCUCCAGGAAGGACUCAUCCGAGCUCUGCGCACUUUAAUCAACCGUCGACACCCCGACGACAACUCGCUCUUUUCUAAACUUCUCCUGCGCCUCCCAGACCUGCGCACCCUCAACAACCUCCACUCCGACAAGCUGCUGGCCUUCCGCAUUGACCCAUAAACUAUCAGUCCCAACAGCCAGAAACCACCCAAAGGCCACAACAAGCCAUUCAGAGAAAACCCUUCCCAGAAAGACUGCUCGUUUACAGGGAGAUGUUGAGCAGGUUCCCUUAGGAACCAGACAUUACGAUGCGUGUUAAUGAGGAACACAAUGAACAGAUGCUCUCAGCACGCUCUAAACGAGACAUUUAAGCUUUCAUGGAUCAUUUUCACACAUGCAUUGCUCUUAUGUUUGCCUCGAGAUUAUAUUUAUCUGAGGAUAAGUUUUGCCAGUCAUAUCAUCAUAAAUAAGCUUACUGCAACUUUUAAAGACCAAAAAAAAAA